UGGGGUGGCGGGUCUGAUGACUCAGCGCCAAGCCGAGAUUCCGAAGAGAAGUCGUUUCCAACCUCGACUUGCACGGAGAACGGAUCAGAUCCAUCUUGUUGAGACCACCAACCCCUCCCUCAUCCCCCCUCAUCUUCAACGCCCACCCGUCAAGAUGAUGUCCCAGUCUCUCCGGGCCUCGCGCUCCCUCUUCACCCGUGCCUCUCGGCAACAGGUCCCUGUCGCUGCUCGCCGCACCUUCCUGACCUCCGCCGUUCGCCGGGCCGACCAGGUCCAGGACCUCUACCUCCGUGAGCUCAAGGCCUACAAGCCCACCCCCAUCAAGCCCAGCGACUCCGAGGGCCACGUCCACAUUUUCAACCUCCCCAAGGCUCCCGCUUCCCCCGAGGAGGCUAACCUCGCCAGCGAGCUGUCUGCCUACGAGGCCCAGCAGGUCGAGGUCGAGGGCCAGGCUGCUACCGGCGAGGCCGCCCCCGCCGAGGAGAGCUGGUUCGAGGAGGAUGAGGAAGAGGCUGCUGCCGCCCACUAAAUGCUCCGUCUCUCUCUCUCCUUUCUUUUAGCAAGGUCUGGGGAAAUAUGAGGGGACGGUUGUGUAUGCAUCCGGCACCACUAGUUUGGCCGCCUCCUCAGGUCCUGAAGCUUGUAAAUUAGACCACCUUUGAAAUGUUGAAUUUCUUUCCCUUUGUUCUGGAGCCAAUCCUCUUUCCUCACGCCACGCAAUAAUUAUCAAUGUGGUGCUACCAAGGACAAGGUUCAAAUAUAGAACAACCCUUUGACCUGCUUGUUAAGAAAGCCUUUCAGGAGGAGAAGAUCGAGAAACCAGCGUAGCAUAUUUGUAGGUCUCUUUAAUUUAAAAUCCAAGUGUCCA